AUCCGCUGAUGUUAGUCCACCCCCCUGCCAUGUCUGCAGACACCCGCUCAUUCACAAUCCGCGUCCCCGCCACCUCUGCAAACAUUGGCCCAGGCUUCGACGUCGUCGGGCUCUCGCUCUCCCUGUGGCUCUCCCUGUCCGUCUCCGUCCCGGCCACCGCGUCCUCCGCGACCUACGUCCCGCCUAGGAUCACCCACACCGGCGAGGGCGCCGGCGAAGUCCCCCUCGACCCGUACAAAAAUCUCACCUCCCGCGUCGCGCUGUACGUCCUCCGCUGCCACGCCAUCCCGCGCUUCCCCUCCCACCUCUCCCUCCACUGCCACAACGACAUCCCCUUCGGCCGCGGGCUCGGCUCCUCCGGCGCAGCCGUCGUCGCAGGCGUCCUCCUCGCCAACCACGUCGCCGCGCUCCGCCUCCCCGCCGCGCGCCUCCUCGACUUUGCGCUCAUGGUCGAGCGCCACCCGGACAACGUCACCGCCGCGCUCGUCGGCGGCUUCGUCGGCAGCUACCUGCGCGAGCUCGACGACGACGCCAUGGCCCGCGCCAGCGUGCCCCUCAGCGAGGUCCUCCCCGAGUACCCCCCCGAUGCCGACGAGCACUGGGGGCUCGAUCCCCCGCCGCCGGUCCCCCCGCAGGGCAUCGGCCAUUAUGUCAGGUUCGGAUGGUCCCAGGCCGUCAAGGCCAUCGCUAUCAUCCCGCGAUUCGAGCUGAGCACCGCCAAGGCCAGGCAGGUGCUUCCGCAAGCCUAUUCGAGAAAAGACAUGGUGUUCAAUCUGCAGCGACUAGCUGUCCUCACCACAGCACUCGGUCAAACUCCCCCAGACCCCGACCUCAUCUACGAAGCAAUGAAAGAUCGAAUACAUCAGCCCUACCGAAAGUCACUCAUCCCCGGCCUUCCCCAAGUGCUCGCUCUCACGCCGGCAUCCCAUCCAGGCUUACUGGGGAUCUGCCUAUCAGGCGCAGGCCCCACCGUCCUUGCUCUCGCAACCCACAACUUUGAACAAAUCGCAGAGGACGCCAAGCGCAUAUUCAAACAAGCUGGCGUCGACGUUGACUGGAAGUUGCUGGAGGUCGGGGGAGGGAGCGAAUUUCUAGCACAUUAGACAUCAUGGAAUAAUCAAAUUAGACGACAGAUCGAAAAAGUCUCCCUGCAUAGGAUAAGAGAAAUCGUCUCUAUUCGUAAAGCGUCGUAAUCGUAUCCAAGCAUUACAUCCAUACACAUUACUCUAGCCAUCAGGUAUCACUGCUCCAGGGGUAUCGACCCGAUAUCCAAAAAAAUCCACGUCACCCUCUAACCACCCGCAGUCAAGCACACCGCGCGCAUAGCCACCAACGCGCCCGCGCUCCCGUCAAACGGCAGGUCCACCGUGAACAGCACGUCGCUCCGGUCGUUGUUCAGGUACACGGGCAGAGUAACCGUCGUCGCCUGCGCCCCGUCGCCCGACGCCUGCACCCAGCGCACCUGCGACGGGUUCAGCCGCACCGCCUCCCCGUCGUUG